CGGGCCCCUGGGGGUGCGCGGCGCUCGGGGAGCCUGAGCCGGCUGGUGGCGCGCGGAGAGCCGCGGGAGGCUGCUGCCUCGGACGCGCACUAGCGCAGGAUUGCUGGCUGCUUUCGGCGCGGUUAACUUGAACAGAGUGUUCUGAACAUCAACACAAAGUGAAAGAGCCUCAAACUGAAGGUACAGUAUAUUAUUUACACUGAAGGGGCUUGUGUGUGGACAAGAAAGCGCUGACAGCUCAAAUGGAUCCCGUGGAGCUGAGAAAUGUCAACACCGAGCCAGAUGAUGAGAGCAGCAGUGGAGACAGCGCCCCAGAUAGCUACACCGGGAUGGGGAGCUCAGAAAAGGCCGCAAUGAGCAGUCAAUUUGCUAAUGAAGAUGCUGAAAGUCAGAAAUUCCUGACAAAUGGAUUUUAUGGAGAGAAGAAGCUGGCAGAUUAUGACGGUGAACAUCAUCCCGGAACCACCUCCUUUGGGAUGUCUUCAUUCAACCUGAGUAACGCUAUCAUGGGCAGCGGAAUCCUGGGCUUGUCCUACGCCAUGGCCAACACAGGGAUCAUACUUUUUAUAAUCAUGCUGCUUGCUGUGGCCAUACUAUCCCUCUAUUCAGUUCACCUUUUAUUAAAGACGUCCAAGGAAGGAGGGUCUUUAAUUUAUGAAAAAUUAGGGGAAAAAGCAUUUGGAUGGCCUGGAAAAAUUGGAGCUUUUGUUUCCAUUACAAUGCAGAACAUUGGAGCAAUGUCAAGCUACCUCUUUAUCAUUAAAUAUGAACUACCUGAAGUAAUCAGAGCAUUCAUGGGACUUGAAGAAAAUACUGGAGAAUGGUACCUGGACGGCAACUACCUCAUCAUAUUUGUGUCUGUUGGAAUUAUUCUUCCACUUUCUCUUCUUAAAAAUUUAGGUUACCUUGGUUAUACCAGUGGAUUUUCUCUUACCUGCAUGGUGUUUUUUGUCAGUGUGGUGAUUUCUAAGAAAUUCCAGAUACCCUGCCCUCUGCCUGUUCUGGAUCACAAUGUUGGAAAUCUGACAUUCAACAACACACUUCCAAUGCAUGUGAUAAAGUUGCCCAACAACUCUGAGAGUACAGAUGUAAACUUCAUGAUGGAUUACACCCACCGCAAUCCUGCCAGGCUGGAUGAGAAUCAGGCCAAGGGCUCUCUUCAUGACAGUGGAGUGGAGUAUGAAGCCCAUAGUGAUGACAAGUGUCAACCCAAAUACUUCGUAUUCAACUCUCGGACGGCCUAUGCAAUUCCUAUCCUAGCAUUUGCUUUUGUAUGCCACCCUGAGGUUCUUCCCAUCUACAGUGAACUUAAAGAUCGGUCCCGGAGGAAAAUGCAAACAGUGUCAAAUAUUUCCAUCACGGGGAUGCUCAUCAUGUACCUGCUUGCUGCCCUCUUUGGCUACCUAACCUUCUAUGGAGAAGUUGAAGAUGAAUUACUUCAUGCUUACAGCAAAGUAUACACAUUUGAUACCCCUCUUCUCAUGGUACGCCUGGCCGUCCUUGUGGCAGUAACGCUAACUGUGCCCAUUGUCCUGUUCCCAAUUCGUACGUCAGUGACGACGCUAUUAUUUCCCCAAAGACCCUUCAGCUGGAUAAGACAUUUCCUGAUUGCAGCCGUUCUUAUUGCACUUAAUAAUGUUCUGGUUAUCCUUGUGCCAACUAUAAAAUACAUCUUUGGAUUCAUAGGGGCUUCGUCUGCCACCAUGCUGAUUUUUAUUCUUCCAGCAGCUUUUUAUCUUAGGCUUGUCAAGAAAGAACCUCUUAGGUCACCCCAAAAGGUCGGGGCUUUAGUUUUCCUUGUGGUUGGAAUCAUCUUCAUGAUUGGAAGCAUGGCACUUAUUAUAAUUGACUGGAUUUAUGAUCCUCCAAAUUCCAAACAUCACUAACACAAGGAAAAAUACUUUUUUUUUUUUCUUCUACUGGAAAUGGUUGUAAGUUAUGCACCAAAAGACACUUGAGUUAUCCUGAUUGGAAUGUUAUUCAUAGCAAAUAACCGGAGGAUUCCAAAGACAUUUGCUAGUAAUAUCACCAGACAUCUGCGGAAGAGAAAAUCGUCAUUUUUGGCAAGAAUGGCUGUCUAUGUGUUUAAAAUCUGUGGUGCACUUUUCUACCCAGGUUUUACUAGAGCAGUGUGAGAUGACCAUGGUGUAUUUUUACUGCUGUAUGAGCAGAUAUGAUAGCUGUGUACAAUGGUUAUUGGAUAGUACUCCCCCCUCCCAAAAGUACCAAAUACUUGUACUCUUAGAACAUUAAACAAAAAUGCCCUGGUAGCAAAGCUAUCACCACUUAAUGCCUUCUCCCAGUUUUACACCAAAAACUCUGGGUCUGUUUACCAACUGAGGCAAAUGGUGUGGCUCAUAAACCAUCCCUGCAAGGUAUACAAAUGAUGAGACACCAGCCUAGAGCAUCUUACUGUCAACAGCAACGGAAUCUUUUGCCCAUCUUGAUGGUGGCACUGAAUUAAUGACUUCUUUCAUUCAAUGGACUUUUGGGUACAUGUUAAAACAUCUUACCAAACAUAGAGAGGGGCUUGAUUUAAAUUCUAGAGCAACAACAAAUAUCAUUCUUAUAGCUAAACUGCCUGUUCUGGAAGCACCUGCUUUUUAAUGUUAUUUCUAGUUCUUUCGUCAUACUUUUGUCCUUGAACAAUGCUCUCCCUCUCGUCUUCCAUGCUCACGCAGAAUUUUUAGAAGACCACAGUUCACGUGGACAUACACUACCCAGUAUUGUUUGAUACAUUUUUAUUUGAUAAACAUUCAGUGCAGGAAACUGUGAUUUGCUAUAUGUUUAUGUAUAUAACCUUAUUCUAUAGUCAUCAGAAUGUUAACGUAUGGUACAUUUGAUUUUUAUUUUUUACAUGUGUAGUUUUCUUUCUUCACGGUCAAAACAUUUAUAUUAUUGGGGUGAGGGCAGGGAAUUAAGUUAGUGGGCUCAAAAAUCCAUUUGUAUGUAUCUGUUUAUUGGGAAUAUUUCAAAUUUGAAACCUAAGUUAUGUAGUUCAGUAACUCUUCUUCAAAGUUUCCAAUAUUAUAAUCAUCUACAAGACAAUCAGUUCCUUACUUGCAGAUGAUUAUUAUACACGAAGGUUGUUCUUUUAAAUUAGCAUGUCUAAAAUAGCAUUUAGUUCAUUUGAGCUUGCAUAGGUGUUUGCCAACAUUCAUUUCUUAUUUAAAUACAACAUCGAGUGGUUGUCCCAUAAAAACAAAAGUGCUAACACUACUAAGAAAUGCAAACUAUCAUUCUUGCGCACUUCUAUAACACACUUACAUAAAAUGGAUUUAAAAAUUGCUACUCAGUGCCUAGAAUUUCUGGAACUUAUUACUUUUUCUUUCCAAGUCAUAGUGUUCACUUGUAUUUUUUAUAUUUUAGCAAAGCCAACUAUGAAAUACAAGUAUCAUAUAACUAUGAUAAAAUUAAAUCAUAUUCAGUAGUUUUUCUGAGCUGUGCCCAAGAAAAUAUAUAUUGGUUUUAUGUGUUAUUUUCUACAGGCAUAAUACUAUAAAAUGAUGCACUUUGUUAAUGGAAAUUGAUCAUAACUAGAAAAUAUGAUAACUUCUGAGUUACCAUUAUUUUGAAAAAUAUUGCUGAGUAUCAUCUUUAAGACAUAGUUCCAUUUUCCUUCAUCUGAAGAGUGUAUUAAAGUAGAAAGUGGAAAAAAGUGUUUCUGAAUGUUAAAAAAUGUUUAAUUGAAGCGUACGUAAGUGUAAAUAUCAAUGAUCAACCCCCAAAAUGGAAAACUGUAAACUCUGUAUAUAUUUUGAAUGCUUUACAUUUAAAAUGACUAGCUUGAACGUAUCAACAUGUAUAAUUAUAUAAAUAUUCAAGAGCAAUACAAUCAUGCCAAAGGAUAAAGCAUCAUUUUUUCUCAUGGCCAUUUUCAGGAUUAGAGUUUGCAUAUACUUCAGGGCAGACAUACAUAUGGUAUCUUGUGCUGAUUAAUUUAACCCCAUUUGUAAACAGAUGAAAUUUUUAUUUUCAUAUUUCAUUUAUAAGAUGGUUCAAUGUAUUGGGAGGAUUUUUUAUUACAGAGAGUGUAUAUUGGUAUAUAAUAAAUGAACUUUUCAAAUGA